AGAAGCUGCAACAUCCCAGGGGAAUUGUUAGCCUGUUAAAAAGUGUCCGCACUCCUCUUUGAUUUGCAAUGUUCGACUAUCAACGUCAACAAUAUGCACUUAGACAAAUCCCAUCCUGCUGCUCUGAGCAGGUCCAGGCCAUACCAGGGUGUUCGAGUCAAAGAUCCAGUUAAAGAGCUGCUGCGAAGAAAAAGAAGUGCAGAGUGGCCAAGCACCAAGACAACUUCACAUCAUAUUGCACCUAACAUGACCCAAGAGGUGAUUACACAUAACCAGUCGACAUUGGUACAAGGAAUCUUUGAGCAAGACAUAGCCAGCUGCUCCCGAGCAACGUCUCUAGAAUGUGAUGGAGAAAUGACACAAUGGAGAGCUUCACUACCUGUCAGCGGGAAUGGACCGACAGUCACGUCUUGGUCCUCACCCGACUACAGUCAGCAGGUCACUUCCGCUCAGCCUCUGGCCGGAUCAGCUGGCCCUACUUUGACAGCUGACGUCUACAUGCAAACUCUGUGCCCCAGUUACACCAUGCUAACCUACACACAGACACCAUUACUCACUAACGUUGGGACCAUACCUGUGGCUGCAACAUCAUGUGCCCUUCCUCAUAUGGACCUUCCAGAUUCAGGGUGUGCUUAUAUCCCCUGGGCCCAGCCCCUCACCACCAUCUCCACCAUGAUCUCAGGGGUCCAGUUUGCCCCAGGUUCAACAACUCUAUCAGGAUCCUGUCUGGUACAGAUGCCGUUGUCCAAGUCUUUGGCCAGCCAAGGUCAUCAGCCACACUUAUUGGACCCACUGGAGUAUUCAGACCAGACAAACUCCAAAACAGAGGAGGUGAUUCAUGAAGAUCAAGCGGAAGAACUGGAAACACCGAACCUACUUGAUAAAAUUCUGGAGGAUCAGGGGAAAGAUGAAUAUUCAGGAGGCAAGGUGUCAUAUAGUAACUCCUUCUUUUUGCCUAGUGGUUUUGACACCUAAUUUUUAUGAACAGAGUACGUUUUGGCUCUACUGAUGACAAAAGUGCUGUUGUUGACUUGCCUGCUUGUUUGUUUUUGGGCAGAAUUUAAAAAAAACAAUAUCUAAUUUUAAUGAAAACUGGCAUGCUUGCACACCUUACAAUUUUAGUGUAAAUUCCAAUAAAGUAAUAAUAGAGGACAAAAAACUCUAGAAAUUUAUUUGUAGCUCUGAUUUAAAACCAAUAAUACAUACAGUGUAAUUUGACACCACAUAUUUUUCUUCCUCUUAGAGUAGCUGUACCACCCUCAGGAUUAUGCCAGUGAGUCAGCAUAAAUCCCAUUCAAUUGACACAAGGACUGAGAAUCAUGUGUAGUGUUUGAGUCACCGCUUAAAUCAUUUUUCCAAAAUAAAAAACAGCUAGAUAAGUGAUGAGAGAGUUGUGACUGUUUACAAAAGUAAUCAUGGUACCUUCUUACACUAUAAUACUUGUCAGCAUAUGCACUUCCUUAGGCAAGACUCGAAUACUUAGGAUCUGGGUUGUUGUAUGUAUGUCAUUCCAGGAGCAGUGCAUGAGCAUGAGUGUUAUUUAAGUGUUACAUAAGUGUGAUGGCAAUUUAAAUCCCCAAAUUUGGUCAUACAGGCUUGUCUUGGAACAAGAGCAUCACACUGGA